UUAUUAGGAAAGACUGAGGAUCUUAUCCAUUCCCUAAACGCACUUCAGUUCCUCAAUGGUCCUUCGUUUGUGUUCGCCAAUCAAAGUUUUGGCUGGCAGGAGUUUUGUGUAUUGUAUGCUGAACCUGAGAACAUUUCUACCAUACGGUUUGGCUGGGAUAAACUGGAACUCCGAAGUUACCUGUUUGAGAACCCAAAGGAUCCGAAGAAGCAGCGGUCACCUCCGACAGGCAUGCGUAGUGCUGUUCCCUUAGGAGGUCUUGGUAAGACACUGAUACCGUCAUUAGAGGCAGGUAGCGUUAUCCUUGUCUAGCCGACGGGCAGCAUCGACGUUGUUGCCCAUCUGCUGGACAAGGGUAACGCAGACUCUGCGAGACACAAUAGGCCGCUUCCGAGUUCCAAAAACCCUCACUUUCAAAAUGAGGUCAAGUACACAACCUUUCUUGUGAAAAUGAGUUUUAUUUGUAUGAGAAUGAAAAAUCAUCUCCAUAUCAAAGGCCAAGCGCUUAAUCACGUUUUGAUACUGAGGCCUGGGGGAACUCGGAAAUGGCCUAUUGGUAAGUUAUGAGCACGUUACAGACGGGUAAUAGGUAAAACUUACCUUUGAGUUUUCAGAACAAAGCGAGGGUCUUUUCAUGAACCAGCUAACAUAGCUAAAAACGUCCGACUGAGAAAGCAAACUCUUUUUAGUCGCUGAAUCAAGAAGCAUCUUCAGAAGAUCUUUUAGUUCCAUUUCCAUUGCAUUGUUUCACAUAAUUAAACAGCCCAGACAAUUUUCCAUGCAAAUAUUGCAAGUAAAUCAUAGAUUUGGAAAGCCGUCGUCCUUGUCACUUGGUUGUUAGAACAAACAAUUAAACAAAAACAAACCUCUAGUACAUACAGUACAAAUUUAAAGAUCUACAAUUACCUUUGUAAAUUAGUCCUAGUCAAUCUUAUUGGAUGGCCAUAAAUACUGGUGCCUGAACCUAUACCGUACCUUUAUCUUGUUGCAUCGGUUGUUAUUUAUGCAUACAACAUGACUUACGCACAUUCAUGGCCUUUUCUUGCAUUUUUAAAACAUCUCUUAUCGUCCUGCUUUUACUCCGACAAGGAUUACAAUUUUUUUUGUCGCAUGCCUCGCUAUAGAUCAUUUAAAACAGCGUGGGGGGCUUAACUGGUUGGCUGCCCAGAGUUGUGUUGUUAGUCUUAUGUGUCUUAUGUGACCUCAAACUUUCCUCAGACGUUUAUCCUCAACAUAACAUUUUCACUCCCGUUUAUGUUUUCGCUGUCUCGACUACGCCUAAUAAGUAGGUGAAAGGAGCGUUGCUUAGUUAUGACUUGCUGUACUAUGUUAUAUCUUUUAGGUACGGGAUCAUUUGAGCUUCGUGGAGAUGGCUCUAUCCACGAGUGGACCAUUGAAAACCAGACUCCGGCAGGCUCGGCCAAGCUUAACUUCGCAGCACUUGAAUUAGCUGUGUUCAGUGUCAGAGUAAAGACUGGGACGUCAAGUUCAGCAGCAUUGCUGCGCACCCACCCCCCGAUGGGUUACCCCGGUAAUUUAAUCAGCUUUCAAGACUUUAGUGCCAGAAGCAAUUCUUAAGGCUGCGCAUUCUAUUUCUUACAAUGUUUUCUUUUUUAAAAAUUCAUAUAAUUAUUUUAGUCAUUAGUGUCGUACGUAAUAAUCUAAAAGCCGCACCGCCCGUAAGUAACCGCCAGCUCCUAAUGAGAGUCGCAUUUGAAGCAAAAAUAUCACAAAGCGCCGGAUCCUGUCGAUGCAGCAGUUGUGGUUUUUGAUAUGGCUAAUGCUGAAAAGUUAAUACCACUGAUAUUGUUAUUGGUGUUAUUACAUUUAUUUAGACCUGGAAAGAAACACGGACCUUUUUUUAUUGCGUCCUUUAUAUAUUGUAUCGUUUUGUUUUUUCACAAAAAAAUCAAAGUAAUAAAACAAGGGAAAAUGACUUGGCACAGCUUCCCACCCAGAUGUUCUUAGGGUAUUGUCACGUGUUCCUUCCCCUCAAACUUUUGGGAGGAUUGCGUGACGAGCCAAAUUUGCAAAUAGAUAGUUCUAAAUAAGCGCCGCCCUCGAGUAGGCCCCCUACCGAAGAGUGAAAAAUUCGACAAACGCACGGGUACUCUUUCGUGUAUACUUGUAGGGUUUUCAAUAGUUUCCUUUUUCCCUACCAGGUGUCGAUUCAAUAGGAUAUUCUGGCUCCUACCCAGUUUCCAAGUUGACUAUUAAAGACCAACGGUUUGGAGACGUCUUAUUGGACCUUUUGGCCUUCUCAGCCCUGAAACCACGUGAUUACAAAACAUCUGCUACUCCGGCCAUUGCUUUUACGUUACGCAUCCAUAACCCAACCAGGAAGUCUGUUCAAGUAUCAUUUAUGUUAAAUCUGCCUCUAGGUAUACAACCAGACACAGUAAGACUUGGGAGACCUGACAAAACCAUCAAAAGUACGAAUGUUAUACAGUGCUCGAGGGCUUGUAUUGAAAACAAACAAUGCAUGUCGUGGCAAAUGGCCAAAGAAAACAAGACAUGUCAGUUGUUCUAUCAGGUCCCUCCUCAUGCU